UUUAGUUUAGCCUCUUCUGUCAAACAAAGUGCAAAGUACUUAAAAACUUUCCUUUUAAUGUCUUUUGCUCUAAUUCAAUUUAUUACUUUAGAAAGGUGCUAUAAUUCAUUUGCUUAGUUACUAUCUUGUGUGAUUGGACGGAAAAUGUGUACAAAUAAAAUUAACAAAGGGAUCAAAGAAAAAAAACCCCACAAAACUACUAAAAUACUCAAAGGCAUGGCUUUUAACAUGUUGAAACAUGCAUUCCUGUUCUUCCGCUACUAUCUAGACCUGGCGUUAGACUUGGUCUUCGGCUUUGUCUGGGACGGAGAACGCCAGGCCAUUCCGGACCUGGAGGCAAGGCAUGCCAUGCUGACAGAGAGUGCCGUGGAGCUAGCUAAGAGGAUCAGGAAUAAAACGUUGAAGUCUGAGGAGUUGGUGCGGGCUUGUGUGGAGAGGAUACAAGCUGUAAAUCCAGUGUUAAAUGCAGUAGUGGACCAGAGGUUUGACGAAGCAAUAAAAGAGGCGCGAGAAAUAGACAAGCAGAUAGAAAAUGGCCUCCCAGAUCAGUAUUUUGAACAGAAACCUUUCCUAGGCGUCCCAUUUACGGCAAAAGAGAGUCACGCUGUAGCCGGCCUUCUCCACACACUAGGCAUCACACACCGAGCCAACGUGCGGGCCACAGAGGACGCGGAAUGCGUCCGCCUGUUGAAGGACGCCGGCGCCAUCGCGGUGGCCGUCACUAAUGUGCCCGAGAUUAACAAGUGGCAAGAGACCCGCAACAUGGUGAUCGGCCAGACCCGCAACCCGUACCACACGGGCCGCACCGUCGGCGGCUCCAGCGGCGGGGAAGCUGCCCUGCACGCCGCGCUCGCCUCGCCCAUCUCCCUGUGCUCUGACAUCGGCGGCUCGACGCGCAUGCCAGCCUUCUACUGCGGGCUGUUCGCGCUCAACCCCACCGCCGGCUACACCAGUCUUAAAGGGUCUGCGCUGCGCACCGGACUGGACCCCACGAUGGCUUCCAUCGGCUUCAUCAGUAAACACGUCGAGGACCUCGCGCCGCUCACUAAAAUAGUUGCCGCCGACAAGGCCAAGGAACUUGACUUGGACAGAGAAGUAGACUUGAAGAAUGUAAGAGUGUACUACGUGGAGACGGCCCAGGACCUGCGCGUGAGCCCCAUCAGCGCCGAGCUCCGAGAGGCCAUGAAUCAAGUAGUAGCGAAGCUCUCGGAUGUGAGCCGCCUGACCGCGUCAUCGCCGCAGCCCUACUACCACCGCGGCUUCGACCACAUGUUCGCAUUAUGGAAGCACGGCAUGACGAAGGAGACUGAGAGCUUUCCGCGCAUGCUCACUAAUAACAAAGGAGAAGCUCACGGACUCACUGAGUUGGGAAAGAAGCUAAUCGGCAUGUCUCCAUACACUCUGGCAGCCAUUAUGAAACUGUUGGACGAACAAGUGCUGCCGCCGGUCGACGCCGAGUGGGCUGAAGCGCUUACUGCCAAAAUGGUUGAAGAUCUUACGACGGUGUUAGGUGAGUCCGGCGUGCUGCUGUUCCCGGCGGCGCCCAUGGCGGCGCCGCACCACUACUCGUUACUGCUGCGCCCCUUCAACUUCGCCUACUGGGGCGUGCUCAACGCCAUCAAGUUCCCCGCGGCCCAGGUGCCAUUGGGUCUAAACUCGUCCGGCAUCCCGCUGGGCGUGCAGGUGGUGGCGGCGCCGCGCCGCGAGGCGCUGUGCCUGGCGGUCGCGCGCCAUCUGCAGGACCUGUUCGGGGGAUACAAACCGCCCUGCAGGGUUAUACACUAAAUAUAUACCCUUUAUACUGUUAUAAACUAGCUUCAAGUAAAAAGGGAUCGUUGAGAGUCGAAGAGAAUUGAUUGUAAUAGAGAGGUAGUCUAAGAAAAAAACGUGCCCCUUAGUUUGGCAUCUAUAACAUUUAUCGCUGUACUGCGCCAUGUUUUGCGGUCACUGAAUUGUCAAACGUCAACUUUGAACAGUCAGAAUUACCGCAAAAUAUCUCGUUUACCUGUCAAAUUAGAAGCAAGAAAUUGUUUUAGAUGUUACGCAUUUUACUCAAUCGUUGUGUCUUUGGUGUUAAUGAUGAUUUUGGGCAACGAGCGUGAAUAAUGGUUUACACUUAAGUUUCAAUUCAAAGUAGCCACCUCUGCCGACAACUGAAUUAUAGCCAUAGGCCAGUCCAGACAGGACAAGAAAAUUGCCAAUCUGACCAUAAAUUAAAUUGGCAAUUUGAUUGUCAAUCUCGAUCUAGCGUUUACACGUUCACAAUAUAGGUAAAGUGCCAAUUACAUCCACACUUUAUCAGGCCUGAUAUCAGACCCGAUUUCCGUUUCACCAAAUAUCAGCACAUCAUUUACAAUAUUUGAAAUUAAAAAAAAAUGGUUAAUAUACAAAAAUACCAAACAUUGAACAUUUUUGGCAAUUAGAGACAAAGUAUUUUUUACAUUUCAAAUAUUGUUAACGAUGUGCUGAUAUUCCGUGAAACGAAAACGAUUAUCAGGUCCGAAAUCGGGACUGAUUUCGGACCGGAAUUCGGGAAGUGUGGAUGUAAUUGGCGCUUAAGUGAUAAAUCUAACGUCCUUAAAUUGUGUUUUUGCAUCUUCGCAAUCAAUACACGUAUGUAAUCAGAUUGUGCGAAAAAUUGUCUUUUCUGAUCUGGCCUUACUCCACAAAAAAUGCAUUCAUUUCAAGAAUAUGUAUGUAAGCUUGAAAAUCUAUCUACUUUCUUGCAUUAUGAUUAGUCAGAUCAAGAUAAGUUGGCAGCGAUUUUGACACCCCAGACAGUGCAAGUGUUAUUUUAAACGUCAAACUUCUAUGGAAUGUAUAGUUUACUUAACGCUUGCACAGGCUGGGCUAUCAAAAUAGCUGCAAACUUAUCUUGUUCUGACGUACUUAUGUAAGUUAAGAUUUUGGAAAUGUUUUACAUUAAAUAUUUGUUGACUGAUAUUUGAAUGUGAUUCUUAGGGGUUGGUGCAAGUAUUAAUAUUUUUUUAUUUUUUAUUUUUCUAUAAAUUCAUUUAAUAAAAUGAUUAUUUAAUA